UAGGGGUGAUCGGGACAGAGAUGAGUGUCCAAAAUGGCUGGGAGUAGGGUUCGUGGGAAGCUCAGUGGUGGUUCGAGGGGGCUCAGCGUGGAACCCUAAAGGAUUCAGAAUCCGGGUCUGAGGGAUUCGGGGACGGAAGAAGGUUUGAGAGGCGUCAGGCUCAGGACCGUCUGAAUGGGUCCAGAGUAAAAGGCUCGGAAAAGACUGAGAGUGGACAUGUCUGAGAAGAAGCCACAGCCUAGGGGCGCACGGAUGCGCAGAAUGGGACAUCUCAAAGGGCUGAGGAUUGGUUGCAAGGAGUUGCUGUCAAUGGAGGAGCAGGAUGCCAGGGUCCCGGCCCUGGAACCGUUCAGGGUGGACCAGGCACCACCUGUCAUCUACUAUGUCCCUGACUUCAUCUCCAAAGAAGAGGAGGAAUAUUUGCUUCGACAGGUUUAUAAUGCCCCAAAGCCAAAGUGGACGCAACUGUCUGGGAGGAAGUUACAGAACUGGGGUGGGCUCCCCCAUCCCCGUGGGAUGGUACUUGAGCGGCUGCCCCCAUGGCUUCAGCGCUACGUGGAUAAAGUGUCUGACCUCAGCCUUUUUGGGGAUCUCCCAGCUAACCAUGUCCUGGUGAACCAGUAUCUGCCUGGGGAGGGCAUCAUGCCCCAUGAGGAUGGACCACUGUACUACCCAACUGUCAGCACCAUCAGCCUGGGCUCCCACACCAUGUUGGAUCUCUACAAGCCACGGCAGCCAGAGGACGAUGAUGCUACAGAACAGCCCCGGCCACCACCCAGGCCUAUCACUUCGCUGCUGCUGGAGCCCUGCAGCCUACUGGUGCUCCGUGGCACCGCCUACACGCACCUCCUGCAUGGGAUUGCUGCAGCCCACGUAGACACACUGGAUGCCACCUCACUGCCAGCAAAUGCAGCUGCCUGCCCAUCUGCACAGCCCGGAGCUGACUUGGUGCGCAGCACCCGCGUCUCACUGACCAUCCGCCGAGUACCACGCGUGCUACGCGCAGGUCUCUUGCUUGGGAAGUGACCAGCAGGCUUCAGGGCCUGUUAGGCUAUCUGGGCUUCUGUCCCCUCUGGGCUUUGGUGAUUGUGAUCUUGUGACCUUGGAACCCUGGGAUUGGGUUUAUUAACCUUAUUGACCUUAUUAACUCUGGCAGCUACCCUGGGUUAUUUAUUUUACCAGAAACUGGGAACCACCCUAUUUCAAAUAAACAAUAUCUUUCC